AUGUCGUUUUUCGACACGCUGCGGCAAAAAGCUGCAUCUGUCAAGUUUCUAGAGAAGCUAGCAGAUCCAUUCGAGCCUGUGAGUAGAGACCAAAAGUUUCGGCUUCUUUACAGACUUCCAGAAGAAGAACACAUUUUAGACGAUACAAAUGCCGACAUUUCCAUCAUACAGCCCAGCAGGCGUAUUAGAAACACAUCAGGCUCUAAGGAAGGCUCUAAUGCUAACAAUGCGUCGUACGUUUUUUCCGGGCGUCUAUAUUUGACGCCGCAUUAUCUGGUUUUCAAAGAUUCCUUCGAUAGUACGUCGUGCUCAUUCACUAUCAGCUUGAGUACUGUACGGAAAGUAGAACGGGCUGCCUCGUCGUCCUACGCAACAUCGCUAUCUCUUACACUUCAUUGUCAAACGAGGAUUGCAAUUCAGUUCAUUGGCCUGAGAAAUCGUACUGAACAGUUUUGCCAACAGCUUAAAAAGUCUUUGCUAGAGAAUGUGCCGAACACCAAAAGAUUAUUGCCAUUUCUCGAAUCGUGCUAUUCCGAAUACCUCAUCUCCAAAAACGUUCUGAACAAGUCCGACGCUCGUCCGCCACCUUCCGGCCUAGGUCAAAAGUACAAGUAUCCAGGGGAACUCUCCAAGGAAAAGCCAAAACUCAAACUAUGGUUUGAUUAUUUCCAAGAUCAAGGACGGAACCUCACGUUGGUGAAGAAAAAUCUAUUUUAUAAGCUCAUAAGGGUCGGUAUUCCUAAUCGUCUCAGGGGAGAGAUCUGGGAAGUAUGUUCCGGCUCGAUGUACUCCAGAUUUGCAAAUCCUCAAGAAUACCGCCUUUUGCUGGAGUCUAAUGCCGGGAAAGAGACUCGUGCUACCGAAGAGAUUGAAAAAGAUCUUAACAGAUCGCUACCUGAGUAUGCAGCAUAUCAAGAAGAAACCGGGAUUCAUCGGCUUCGUAACGUUUUAACUGCCUACUCCUGGAAAAAUCCUGAUGUUGGUUACUGCCAGGCCAUGAACAUUUUGGUGGCAGGAUUAUUGAUCUUCAUGACCGAAGAACAGGCGUUUUGGUGCCUGGUCAGCAUUUGCGAUAACUACGUCCCAGGCUAUUAUUCCAGAACCAUGUAUGGUACCCUAUUAGAUCAAAAAGUCUUCGAGUCCUUUGUCGAGCAGAAGAUGCCUGUUAUGUGGGACCACAUUGUAGAGCAUGACAUCCAAUUAUCGGUAGUAUCUCUUCCCUGGUUCCUAUCUUUGUUUUUCACCGCUAUGCCUUUGCCCUUUGCAUUCCGAAUAAUGGACCUCUUCUUGUUGAAUGGCCCUAAUGCGUUGUUCCAAGUCGCACUCGGAGUGCUUAAAGUUAAUGGGGAAGAUCUUCUUGAAGUUGACGACGAUGGAAUGUUCAUCGCAAUUUUGAAGAACUACUUUCAAACGUUGGACCAGAGCGCACAUCCAGAUUCCACAGAUGCGAGGUAUAAGCAGAUUACCAAAUUUCAAGAGCUAUUGGUUGUGUCUUUUAAAGAGUUCAGUUCCAUCUCGGUUUCCAUGGUUGAACAACAAAGAGCUCGUUUUAGCAAAGACAUUCAGCACAACAUCGAAUCCUUCGCUAAAAGAACACAGCUGCGUAAUUUACCCCAAGUCCGCAACCUGACGCAAGAUCAAUUAUCGAACAUCUAUGACUUGUUUUACCACUGUAUCGACAGUCAUAAAAUCAGCAUGGGGACAGGGUCUUCCUGUUUGGACUUUGAAGCAUUCAUUCAAUUUCUAAGCUCAUUUUGUGACUGGUGCAAAGCUGGCGCUAGUGACCACAUACCGAGAUUCCGCAAGCAGAAAAGAGAUUUCCUCAAAAGAAUGUUCACACGGUGGGAUCGUACCUCCGCUGGAGAGCUUACUCUCAGCGAUGUCGUCGUUGGGUUGGAUGGCUUGCUAUCUCCUGACAUCAUGUCAACAAUGAACAACUUUUUUGCAUUUUUCACCGAGCCUGGUGUCGACGAGACAAGUGGCGAAGGUAUCUUACAAAUCUCUGAAGCUUUAUUGUUUUUAACCGACGCUUGGAAAAGCGGGCGCAUCGUUGAUCAGCUCACGAAACAGGCUAUUAUAGAUGACAUUGCAGACACGAUAAUUGAAGAGAACUCGAGUCAGGGCAAGGCAAUAAGUGAUCUCGAGCUCCCCAGCGGUGUUACUAUCGAUGAAGAAAAAUAUAAGCAAGAGCAGACCGAAAGGUAUCUACGAGCCGCAAGCAGUUUCCUACAACGGUCAUUCGAAUAUGCGCGGGCAUCGGAACCAGAAGAGGAAGUUGACUUGCUUGACCUUUCCGAUGACGAAGACGGUACCAGCGAGCAUAAAAAGAAGAAAUGGGAUUCUCUAAAAGCCAACGCGGCUUUGAAUCCUAAAAAACGGUCUGUUAUGAACGUGGCCACUUUUCGCAUGAUAAUACUAGCUGACGAAACCUAUGAGACCUUUUUUGCCCAUACGCUGAGAAAUUCGACUCACGUCGACGAGAAAGUUGCAAACCUAGAUGGCCGCGACAACGGUCUCAGAAACAUGUUUGACGGACUCUUGGCGGACGGUAAACGUGUAGCCUCCCAAGUCCGUCGUAGGGUUGACUCCGUCGCAACAAGAACCAGUGCGUCGUCAGGCUCGGCUCAAGAAUCAUCAGAAAACCAGGACGAAAUCGAUGAUUUCCGCACUGAUCACACUUACGAGCAGGAAGAUUUACUCAAGAAUGACUUGAUAUCAAUGGACGACGAGAGUAAUGACCAAGAUCAAUCGGAAACGCAGCGCAAGAAGCUUGAGAGCUUCUCUUUCAACGAAGAUUUACGCUCUAGAGACGACAGUUUUGUCGAAUUUGAAGCUUAA